CACACUGUUAUCACCACUCAUGCUGUUUCUCUGCAGUGUGCAGGUCAUGGGUUCCGUGCUGGAGAACGUGAUAACUAAACGGACUGAGUACCAGGAAAACUGCACCAGAACGUUGGAGGCCAGCACCCCCACAAAAACGGGAAUCUUCUGUAACGGGACCUUUGACAGGUUUGUGUGCUGGCCUCAUUCCUCUCCAGGGAACGUGUCGGUCCUGUGUCCCUCAUACCUGCCAUGGAUCCAGGAAGACGCCUCCAGGAACGUUUACCAGGAGUGUCUGGCCAAUGGGAGCUGGCGGUCUGACCGCGAUCAGAGAGAAUGUCAGGAGCCACACUUUUUUAAAGAGGAGGAAGACGAGAUGUUCCGGCAGACAGCUCUGAGGGCCAUCUCCCUCGUGGGCUACUCCCUGUCCUUGUCCUCCCUCUCCCUGGCCACUCUGCUGAUGGGCCUGCUCAGGAAGCUCCACUGUGCUAGGAAUUACAUCCACAUGAACCUGUUCCUGUCUUUCAUCCUGAGGGCCCUGGCAGUCAUCACCAAGGAGAUCAUAUUUCAUUUCACCUACACCAAGCUGCCCAAAGAUGACACUGGGUGGAAGGCCUACUCCAACUCCAAGAUCCAGAUUUUGUGUAAGGGCUCCAAGGUGUUCAUGGAGUACUUUGUGGCCUGUAGCUUCUUCUGGCUCCUGGUGGAGGCCAUCUUCCUCCACACCCUCCUCUUCACGGCCGUGCUCACCAAGAGACGCCUGCUGAAGAGAUACAUGCUCAUUGGCUGGGGAACCCCAUUCCUGUUUGUGGUGCCAUGGGCGGUGGUCAAGAUCCUGUAUGAAAACACAGGGUGCUGGGUCAACACCAGCAGACUAAUCUGGUGGAUCAUUAGAGGACCAAUCACGUUGUCCGUGCUGGUCAUCUUCGUCAUAUUUAUAAAAAUCCUUAUGCUGCUGCUGUCCAAGUUAAAAGCUGAUCAGGUGAAGUUCACAGACUACAGAUACAGCCUGGCCCGGGCCACCCUGGUUCUGAUCCCUCUGUUUGGGCUCCACGAGAUGGUGUUCGCCAUGUUCAUAGACGAGUGCGUCAAGGGCGACGGACGCUACGUGCGCAACUUCUUCAACCUGACGCUCAGCUCCUUCCAGGGAUUCCUGGUAGCUGUGCUGUACUGUUUCGCCAAUGGAGAGGUCCAGACUGAGCUGAGGAAGCGCUGGCAGCUCUUCCUGUUCACCAACCACUUCCGGGUCAGGAACUGCUUCCGGGGCGCUCCCCUCAAACACCUGUGGAAGUGUUCCCGAGGCCGCCGCCCACACGGCUCGGAGCAGAGCGAAUCGUACGAGGAGGGCGGAGCCCCCACUCACUGCCACCUGCUACAGGUGGCCACACAGAGAGACGGAGGAGGAGGAGUAGAAGGCGGGGGAGGAGAGAAAGGGGGCCAGCAGGGCAGGGGGAGAGGGAGGGACACCACAAGUCUGGAGUUUCUGGCCCGGAAGAGUUUGUCCAGUAGCGAUGGAGAGAUUACCCUGGGAGAAACCAUGGAGGAGAUACUGGAGGAGAGCGAGUUCUGAGGCCUGUCUUGUCACUCCAUCCUUCCACUCUCAGACUGCUGUGUCACCUGCAGACAUGUACUGUAGUGAUGGACCCUAAACCCACUUGACAGGGAUUGACUUUCUAUAAAUAGUGAUAACGUAAUGUGCAUUUGUAUACCGUUGUGUACCAGUGAAGAUCUAGAAUGUUCACAUUGUGUUUUUGUACCGCCCGUUCUGCACACGUAUUUACCGUCAAGUGUAAUGUGUACUUUGUUGUAUUAGGUAGUGUUAAAACCAAGUACAAAAUAUUGUAAGUAAUAAUUGCAAAUGGCAGGCCUUUAUACACAAAAAAAGAAAUAUACAAAGACGAACAGAUGAUUGUAAAAUAUGUCUUUGUUGUUCAAAUGUAAAUAAUAUGCUACAUUAUAGUCUCGUAUUUGGAAAGAAAAUGUGUGAAAGUAACAAUCACGUGAUGAGAUGGGUAUAUAUUAUAUUUGUCAUUUAUCGAGC